AGACUGAAAUAGCACGUCUUCCUAUGCAGAAUAAAUACAGUGAUGCUUCCCUCCUGAUACUGACUGUACCGUCAAGCUUGAUAAACGACAACAUUGAAAGGCUGUCAUAAAACAAACGAGAUGAAUUCCUCAAGAAGAAGCGAAAGCGAUUGGCAGGGUUUGGUCAGCGAGGACUCGAGUCUCACCAAAGACAUUUACAAAGACUGGCUUGUUGGAGAUCCAUGGGACAUCCAUACGGCCCGAUGAAGAGCCUGCCGCAAAUCAAUAAAAGUGGGCGAAGCAGCUGUGACGAGCCAUGCUGAUGGAGCAUCACACAUGACGGCACUGCACAAGUUAAAAGCAGUUCCCACUCUAUUGAACUAAGUGGAAAAGUCAUCGUCAUCUACAUCACCACCAAGACAAUCUUCUACAACUACUACCACAUUCACCACCUCCUCAAGACAAUCUGUCAUAACUGGUGUUCCAAAAGAGGACACAUUGCAGGCUGAGACAUUAUGGUGUCUGAAUAUGAUGGAGUCUUACUACUCUUUCCACUCUAGUGAACGCACAGGUGCUGUUCUUAGUGAUGUUCCCAGACAGUGCACUAGCCCAGACCUUCGCAUGCGGGGCAACAAAGACCAGCUAUGUGUGCACAGAUGGCUUGGCUCCUCAUUUCAGGCAUUUAUUGUCUAAAAAACGGUCUGCUGGGGGGGAGGACUAUGUACUUCUCUUUGAGAGCUUUAACAGAAAGGCACAGUCAAAGCAGUGUGACUCACGCCCGUUUAUGGGAUAAGGACAAAGUCGUGACAAGAAUUUAUGAUUCUAAAUUCAUGGGACAUGCGACUGCUUUGGACCUUAAAGCUGUUUAUGAGAAGAGCACCGAAGAUCUACCAAAGAAAAACAUGCUUCAGAAUCAGAUCUCCAUGGGUAGACCAAAUGUAAUUUGGGUGUUUUACUCAUAGGUUGGGAAGUCCCUCCUUGAUGCUAUUUACCAACUUCUGAAGGAUACUCCAGCCUGCAGGGAGGACUACUUUAACAUAAUUGGAUCAUCAGAUCCCCCAAUGCCACUUAGGUUUUGCAAGACACAGUGGGUUGAAAAUGCGCCCGUGCUUGAACAAGCUUUAGAGUUUUUACCUCAUAUGGCAACAUGUGAAGGCUGUAGAUCUAGGCAUAAUCCAGGUACAAAGUCCUUUGAGGUGAUUCAGGAGGCUGUUAAGGACCCUCAUGACAGCAAAACUUUAUUUUAUCUUGUCAGUGAGCAAAGAAGGGACACCAUUUCUCACACGCUACCAGACCAAUAAGCCCAUGGUGCCAUUGUUCAAGCUGCUUGAUAAGCAGAUUCAUUAAGCCAGACCUCAUGAAAGAAGUGAAGACCCCUCAAACGUAUUGAUGUCGAGGUGAGCCAGUCAUCCAAUCACAUCGACUCCUCACAGGUAGACUUGGGCUUUGUUACUUGAAGAAUUAUGAGAGACUUGUCCGCAGGGAUUUUUGUUGCCCGAGAACAUUGAUGGACUUCAAAAUCGCUUGCAAGAAGUGUAUGCUCACAACUGUUAACAAACUCAUUGAGAAAUCCCCAUUGAGGUACUCUCUGGUCUUGCAUCUUUCUUUGAUCCAAGGGAAAUGGCAGGAACAAAUAGAAAGAUGCUGUCUACAGAAAAAUCGAAGAUGGCCCUGACCUGCCUCGUAAAAUGGUCAAUGAGAGGAAGAAGAUUGUGAUAACAUCAUUCAACAAUACUCACAUUUUAUUGAUGACAUUGUCCAGGCCCAACACUCAGAGUUUGUAAACUUUGAUCCUGUCCAAGACAGUGUGGACACAUUUUUCCAUGAGUAUAUGUCAAAGGACAAAGAGUUCAGAAAUCCUUGGAGACAUUGCCGCCAACUCCUCUUACUGUCACAUGGGCAAGCCUCCGUAGAGCAUGGAUUCUCCAUCAAUCGGAAGAUUGAAGUGGAGAACUUGAAGAUUCAUACGUAGCACAGAUGUGUAGUUGACCACAUAAGAGCUGUGGGUGGCAUACAUAAUGUGUGCAUUGACAGAUCGCUGCUGAUGUCAGUGGCAUCUGCAAGGCAGAGGUAUGUGACGCAUCAAGAAGAAGAGAGUAACGGAGAAGAAUGCAUGAGCAAAAAACAGAGACCUUAUAGAUUAACUUAAAGGGAAGAAAAAGACUGAGAAAUGCUCUUGAGACCUCAGCAGACAAAUUUGCCCUAAAAGCAGAGAGCACAGGAAAUCUCACUCUUAUUGCCAAGUCCAAUAGCCUGAGAAGGGGUGCUAAAGAUAAGAGCUGAAAUAGAAACACUACUCAACAAAAAAGUGAAUGUCCUAAAAGUGAAUGACUGGGGGGAAAAAAAGGUCAUGUUUUUGCUCUGCGACAUGUUUUGUGUUAAGCUGGUGGUAAUGAAAUAAACGAGUUACUUAGCUCUUCAACUCGUAAAUAAGUCUGUCUUUAUCACUCAUUAUACACAAUAUAUUGUUUUGCUUUGUUAGAGAAGGCAAGAAACCACGUAGUCUGCCGUCACUGUAACACAGCACAAUUGAGAAGUGUUCACUCAUUCAAGCCUCUCUCUCUCUUUAAUUGUCUGUGAGCUUCUGUAAAGCCUGCUAGUUCUCAUUAUAAUAAUUCUCAGUGUUGUAACUGUAAUUAACCUUGAUCCAUGUCUCAAACUAUGCCAUGCUGGGUCCUUGAAUUGGGCCUGGAAAGGUCUUAAAGUCCUUGAAUUUGAUGUUUAAGAAGGACCCUGGUUGGUGUUUCCAUUAUUUUGGCAGUUAGCUGUACAGUGUGUCCUGCUUAUAGAAGUUUAAUAUGUCCCACACAGUGAUCUCAUCAUGCAGGGAAGUUGCCUUUUUUACAGUAUGUCUGAUCUGCUUGCACAAGAUGACAAUGUGUGUUCCUGUCAUGUGUACAGUUUCUGGUGUGUAAGCGCAAGUUGGAGAGCAAGAAGGAGGCCCUCCUGAUUCUGUCCAAGGAGCUGGAUACCUGUCAACAGGAGAGAGACCAAUACCAGCUGAUGGCCAACCAGCUCCGAGAACGCCACCAGGGACUCAAGAAGAAGUACAGGGAACUCAUAGAUGGAGACUCCAGUCUACCACCUGAAAAACGAAAUCAAUUGAAUUUGGCCCAGCUGUUGAGAGACUCCAGAGAAAGGAGUAAGCAGCUGUCUGAAGAGGUGAAGGAGCUGUGUCAACGACUGGCUGAGGCCCAGGGGGAUAACAAGCUCCUGCGGAUGACCAUAGCCAGACAGAGGUUGGGGGAUGAAGAGGUGGGGGCAAGGCACUUCCAGGCCUAUGAGCGGGAGGACCUGGUCCAGCAGUUGGAGACGGCGCGAGAGCAGAAUGAGGAGCUGGAGCACAGUGUGAAAUCUCUGACGGAUGAGCUGCAGGAUGUGAGGGCGGAGCGUAACGUGUUCCAGGAAAAGGCCCAGCGGCUGAACCACGAGGUGAACCACAUCUUGGGGGGACACGAGUGUCGGAUUCUAGACGUAGAUGCACUCUGCAUGGAGAACAGAUAUUUACACGAGCGGUUCAAACAACUGCAGGAGGAAGUCACCAUGCUCAAAAUGAAUGUCAUGAAGUACAAGAGUGCUCUGGAGAGCAGGAAGAACUCCAAGACUUAUGGCAAAGCUAACAGCAGUGCACUCACUGGGGUGCUCUCUGCCAAACAAGUCCAGGAAUUAUUGCUUUCUGAGGACAACGGAUGCAGUCUCCCUGUCACGUCUCAGUCCAUCUCAGACCUCAAGUCCCUGGCCACAGCCCUACUGGAAACUAUCCAUGAGAAGAACCUGGUCAUUCAGCACCAGCGCCAAACCAACAAGAUUCUGGGAAACCGAGUAGGGGAGCUUGAGAAGAAACUGAAGACUCUAGAGGUGUCGGGAUUAUGGAGCCUCCCAGGAGGGAGAGAUGCCAUCAUCCUGAAUGAAACUCUGCAGCCUAGCUCCACUGUGACAAGCUCUGAGGAGAAGAAAGUACCAUCCAAUGAUCACGAAGUACCCCCUACUGAGCACGAAGUACCCCCCAAUGAGCAGGAUGUAACCUCCAAUGAGCAGGAAGUACCUCCCACUGACCACAAAGUACCCCCUACUGAGCAGGAAGUACCUUUCACUGUGCAGUCUACCACAGAGCAGAGGAUGACAAGGUAGCCAAAUGACAUGCAGAUCCCCGUCCCCGUCCCAAGACAUGUGGGGGGUUACCCAGUGUGACGGGGGAUACAGAAAUAAGCACCAAGGAGUCAGAGCCACUAGUGUCACCAGUCAGCCUGGACACAUCCAAGCAAAACUGCUGAGGAAGUCACUGACUGUUCUCAAGGAGAGACAAUAAACCUGGAUGAAUGUCACUGUCGACCACUCACAAAGUGCAAAUGAGGUCACGGUGCUUCCAUGGUACCAAUUAGAUGAGACUGUAGGCGGGACUCCAUCCCCUUCCUCAAGGCCAGACUUGGACGUGUCCUCCUGUAAGACAUAUGCCACAUAUCAGAGCCUCUAAAGGACACAAAACCCACCCAGAGAGAGGUGAGUUGGUCAGAUGACAAUGUCUUUAGGGUGGGGUCUGAGGAGAUUGACAUGGCAGAGGGCUGUAUGACACAAAACACCAAUCUUCCAUCCUCAACAUCAACCUGCAGCUCUCCUAUUCAAACAAGUCCCACCCACGGGGAGAAUAACCAAUCACACCACAAGGCAGAACAUUCAGAAGAUGUGAGGGUCGAGUGCUUAAUGAAUAAGGAGGCAGAAAUCCUUCCCUUGAACAGUAGCCACUCAAAUGCUGAAUGAUCAGACCGGGAUGGGAAAACAGUGAAGAAUGACAGCUACUUCAGCCAAAACCACGCCUAGAUUGACACUAAUAGAAUGGGUUUCAAUAUUCCUGAGGGUGCAUUCUGUAAAAUGUCGUACUGCUUAUUGGUGAUUCCAAGCUCCCAAGAUUUCUGAAAGAGAUAUUCUGCUACAACUCUGCUACAGUUGCUCUAACGUGGAAUUGAACCCUGCGGCCCUUCUAUUCAGUGGUUGAAGCUGGCUUGGACUGACUAAGUACAGAGAACCUACUAGCUCCUCAUAUGUUCUACUGCUUUUUAUUUUUAUGUACACUGCUCAAAAAAAUAAAGGGAACACUAAAAUAACA